CUCCCCUCCCUCUCCUUCCUGCUUCAUCUCUUCAAGAAAGUGAACAUAAAGUAAAAACACGGAGAGAGAGAGGCAGAGAGAGAAAAAGCUCCCUGAAGAGGGAAGCCCCAGCAGCCAGUAGCUGUUUGGAUUUGCCUGGCACUGCCUUUCUUGCUUUCCUCCCAAGGAAUACCUUUAAUGGGAUCAAUUGCUUCAGUUCCUUUAUAACCAAGUCCACCGGAAAGGCAGACUCAACAUAUUAUGGGCAACUGUGUGAAGUCUCCACUGAGAAACCUCUCAAAAAAGGAUAGAGAACUGCGUCCGGAAGAAAUUGAAGAAUUAAGAGAAGCCUUCAAGGAGUUUGAUAAAGACAAGGAUGGGUUUAUUAACUGCAGGGACCUGGGGAACUGCAUGCGAACCAUGGGCUACAUGCCUACUGAGAUGGAGCUAAUAGAGCUCUCCCAGCAGAUCAACAUGAACCUGGGUGGCCAUGUGGAUUUUGAAGAUUUUGUUGAGCUGAUGGGACCAAAACUGCUGGCAGAAACUGCAGACAUGAUUGGUGUAAAAGAGCUCCGUGAUGCCUUCAGAGAGUUUGACACCAAUGGUGAUGGGGAGAUCAGCACCAGUGAGCUGCGAGAAGCCAUGAAGAAGCUACUAGGGCAGCAGGUGGGCCAUCGGGAUAUUGAAGAGAUCAUCCGGGACGUGGAUCUGAAUGGAGAUGGGCGUGUUGAUUUUGAAGAGUUUGUUCGCAUGAUGUCCCGUUGAAGAUUAUUCUCAGCUAAAGAAGAAUCAGCACCUUAGAGAGGGCAGAAGAGGACCUAGAUGGAGCAUCUAGCCCCGAUGUUCCCGCAUGAAGGUUUAUCGGCUGGCUGCAAUUGGGACAUUGCAAAACGACCUGCUGCUCCUCCCUCAUGGUGGUCCCCAUGCCCCUCCACCCUUUCACACUGUGAAAGACUUGCAACUUCCUACAACUGGAACCAUUCCUUGGAGAUGAUUGCAGGAAACUGCAGAGCCAGGACUUGCCAUGAUGCUUUCAUGGGAUAUUUGCAACUUUAGACUCCUCCUCCCCAGCUUUAUUCUCCCACCAGCUGCUGCAAAGCAAGAGCAGGAGAAAUCCUCUUGGCUUGGUGGAUGAGAGCAAAGCCAUUGGGACUGGUGGCAGCCUCAGGGCGUGCUCUGCACUUCUUGGUUUCCCUUGGUGAACCGUGUCUGUGUUUGCUGUCUGUGUGUGUGUGUCUGUCUGUGUGGAGUUAUUUAUGCUUCCUCGGCACAUAUUCGCAUCUCCUGUGGUUAUGUUUACCAAGAGUAAAUUCAAAUACAUGUCUUGCGGGGGGAAAGCGAUAAAUAUGCACGC